ACAGCUGCUGUGAUCAGCUGGUGAGUUUCCUUGUUAUUAUUUUGUGUCGAGCGUGCGAACACACAUCACACAACUGAUGUCAUGUGAUCCAUGUUGAUUCGGGAUACAUCUAGCUAAAAACAGCGUAUACAGUCACCAUCCACGAUCCACGACACGAUGAAGGAGUGGACGAUGGAAUGGCUGAGUGGCGUGUACAGCCGAAUGAACCAGGGGGUGACGUGGCGGGAGGUGGGCGUGUACUUGACAGUAGGGGGCAGCACAUGGUUGCUGUACAAGACACUUGUCAAGCCGUUCCUCUCCCCGCUCAGACAGAUACCUGGCCCCCCUUACAAGCCUGUCGUGGGGAACAUGUUUGAUGCCCUCCGAGCUGAAGCCAUGAGCAACACUAUAGAGUGGAUGACGACAUACAAGUCUCGCAUCAUCCGAUACUACUUCCUGUACGGCGAGGGGCGUGUCCUCGUGGCUGACCCUGACCUUGUCAAGUACAUCAGCGUCACCAACAGCAAGAACUAUGGCAGAGUUGGAUCGAGCAUCAACUUCCGGAGCCUGGCAAGGAGGUUUGUGUUGUUCAUGGAUGGAGACGAGCACCACGCCCUCAGGAAGGUCAUGAACCCUGCCUUCUCACUCAGCACUGUUGAAAGCUUCAUUCCAACGUUUGUGAAACGCGCAGAGGACAUUGUGGCCAUGUGGGAUGCGGCGGUCACACAGCAGGGUCAUGUGACUCAAGUGGACGCUCAGAUGACCAUGAUGAGGCUGACGCUGGACCUCAUCUGUGAGUGUGGGUUUGACUACCAACUGCACGCUGUGGAGAACCCAACAGCUGCUGGAGUCCAGAGUUUCCGACGGAUCCUGCAGGGCAGUAGACUCAGAUUGAUGCAGAUGAUUCCAUUCUUCCGUUCACUUCCGACCCAAGAGAACCGACAACUGUGGCAGGACAACAAGACGUUUGUGUCCGCCAUCACGGACAUGAUCAGCAAGAAGAGGACCCAGCUGGAGAACACACAACUUGGUCAAGGAGUGGAACAUAAGGGAGACCUGCUGUCCAUCCUGUUCCAGGCCAGGGAUGAGGACGGCAAGUCUCUCCAGGACAAUGUCAUCUUUGAUCAGAUUGCUGGCUUCCUGUUUGCUGGGUUUGAGACCACCAGCACCCUGUUGACGUGGACGUUGUUGCUGCUGGGGGAGCAUCCCGCUGUCCAGGACAAGCUGCGAUCAGAGAUCCGGUCCCUGCUCCCGUCCUCCUCUGGUCAGCUGACCAGCCAAACGCUUGACCAGAUGACCUUCCUCAACUGUGUGGUCAAGGAGUCCCUCAGGAUGUAUCCACCAGUGUCUAAUGUGUUCCGCCGGGCAAUUAACGAUGACAACGUGGGCGGCUACUUCAUCCCCGCUGGUACCAUCGUUGGCAUCAGCAUCGGGGGCCUGCACAGACUCCCCGAGAACUGGGAGGACCCCAACACCUUCCGCCCCGAGCGCUUCCUCCAGGAGAUCAACCCGUACAAGUUCCAGCCCUUCACCGCCGGCCCCUACAUGUGUAUCGGGCACCGCUUCGCCGUGACAGAAGCCAAGGCCAUCCUCGUUACCUUACUGAACAACUUUAAGUUUGACAUGGUUCCGGGCUAUAAAUACAGACGAGUGAGAUAUCUGACCAUACAGCCACACCCACCUCUGGUGCUGAAUGUGUCACGUGUGUGACCACACCCACUCGUAGUGCUCCAUGUGUUGUGAUAGCUGACCACAGCCACCCGUGGUGCUCCAUGUGUUGUGAUAGCUGACCACACCCACCUGUAGUGCUCCAUGUGUUGUGAUAGCUGACCACACCCACCCAUAGUGCUCCAUGUGUUGUGACAGCUGACCACACCCACCUGUAGUGCUCCAUGUGUUGAGAUAGCUGACCACACCCACCCAUAGUGCUCCAUGUGUUGUGAUUGCUGACCACACCCACAUGUAGUGCUCCACGUGUUGUGACUGCUGACCACACCCACCUGUAGUGCUCCAUGUGUUGUGACUGCUGACCACACCCACCCAUAGUGCUCCAUGUGUUGUGAUUGCUGACCACACCCACAUGUAGUGCUCCAUGUGUUGUGAUUGCUGACCACACCCACCUGUAAUGCUCCAUGUGUUGUGAUUGCUGACCACACCCACCUGUAAUGCUCCAUGUGUUGUGAUUGCUGACCACACCCACCUGUAGUGCUCCAUGUGUUGUGAUUGUUGACCACAUCAAUGUGUGAAGCCCAUUUGUGGUGUCUCCCACCGUGAUUUUGCUGAAAUAUUGCUAACAGUGGCGUGUGGCGUAAGGCCCAACUAACUCACUCAAAAACGGGUAUAAAAUAUGACUCACUCACUCACAUAACUGUCUUAUGCUGAAUAAUGAAAACAUUCAUUUAAUAGAAGGCCGAACCUGUAGACUUAGACAAAGUAUAUUACCCAGGUAUGUUAAUUUCUGUCACAGUGAUAUGACAAGAUGAUUUGUUUACUAACUCACAGAUUACUAAUGCUAAAGGGGACACGGGUGGCCCAGUCGUCUAAGGCGCCGCAAUUCGCUGUGCAGAGUUGCAUCCCGUGCUUGUGGGUUUCACCGAAGUGGUAAACGUCUGAGACCUGCAUCACUUCGGGCUUUCCUCACACAUUAAGCUGACUCGCCGUGAUAUAACUGGAAUACUGUCAAAAGCGGCGUAAAACCCAACUCACUCACUAAUGCCAAACAGUGUACCUUCAUGUGUAUUAUAUUUGUGUGGUGAAAUGAAAUUACAGAUUCCAUUUUACCCCAUGUCUUCAAUUUCUCAGGGAUGAUGAAUGUUUGUAAAUACACAACAUAUGCAACAAAUAAAAUAUUUAUUUCCAACA